GUUUUUACAGAAAGAGGUUGUGUCAACUUCCUUUCCUGAAGAGGAAUUUGCUGUCAGCUCAGUAACAUGGACGCAAUCUAUGAAAAUACAGAUUUCGUAGAUUUAUCAAUCAAUGAAGCCUCUUACUGUAAGGGGGAUCCCAAAGGAGUCCAUCAGAAGAGAAAUGUGACUCAAUCUAAGUAUACUAAAGUUCUUCUGUUGGUUCUCUGCGUCUUUGUUGUUCUUGCUGUUGGUGGUCUCUGUGUUUUGGGGGUCCUGUAUAAUAAUAAUCUUGGAGAUUUUGAAUCACUGCACAUACAACACCAAAGGGCUUUAAUGCAACUGUCAGCUCAAGAGAUUAACGCCACAACCAUGGAAAGUGAACUUCACAAAUUAAAAGCCAAGAACAACAGACUAAGAGCUUCCCUUUAUGAUGCUCAGUCUUGCAAUCUCUCGGUGGAUGGCUGGACAGUUUGGCGUAGGAUGAUUUACUUCAGCACUGAUAAACGAGACUGGUCAAGUAGUCGUGCUGUGUGUGUUUCAAUGGGAGCUGAUCUGGUAACCAUAACCAGCCAAAAAGAACAGGACUUCCUGGUGUCUAAAAUUAAAGAGACUCACUGGAUCGGUCUUAAUGAUCAGGAGACUGAAGGUCGAUGGGUUUGGGUGAAUAACCAAACUCUUGAAGAGACCCGAGUAAAGUUCUGGUACAAGAAUGAACCUGAUAACUGGAAGGUGAUGGAUCCAUCAGGAGAAAACUGUGCCAGUCUGGGAGAUGGCAACGGCAAUCUACACACUUGGUUUGAUGGUUCUUGCAAAAAUAAGAAGAGGUUCAUCUGUGAAAAGAAAUAAUUUACUUCCACAUACAUACUGUAUGAUAUUAAAAAGAUCUCCUUUAUUAAUAUGCAAACAUAAUACAGACACAAUAAUAAAAGACAAAGAAGCGGGUAAGGCAUGUUUUCCAUUCAAGUGUAAAUAAAAACUUAACCAUGUCACUGUCCUGUCUUCUUUGUAAGUGUAUUUUUUGUGUUAUACUGUACGUGACAGGCUUGUGUUAGCUUUUUGUUCUGGUGUCAGGAUCUGAACUGUGUGUUUGUUGUCCUGUGUUGGGUCUUUGUGGUUUGAUGUUAUUUGCUGUCACUGUUUAUUAAAGUUAAGUUUAAUGUG